AUGUCUGAUUGGACAAGUCUGUGGUAUGUCUGGCUGAUCUUGCUGCUGGUGUCCCUGCUCCUGCUCUGUGGGGUCUCAGUGAGCUGUGUCAAGUUCUGCUGCAGGAAGAAAAGGCUCCCAGUGGAGCCCUUCCCCCGGCACCCCUGUGACCUGACAGUGAUUGGCAUUGACAGUGACAGCACUGCCCACAGCACAGUGACCUCAUACAGCUCAUGGCAGUACCCUCCAAGUGUCCAGAUUCCCUUGGUAUUUGUGGAUAUGGAUAAGAACACUGUGUCCCCUCCAGCUUACAGCCUCUAUGCCAUGGACCUGCCACCUUCCUAUGAUGAAGCUGUUCAAAUGGGAAAGCAAGUGGCACGGACAAACCAGAAACUUGAUGACAUCCCUGAACAGGUGACACCACGUGGGCUGAAUCCCAGCCAGUCCCCACCUGACACAAUCAGCAGAGAUCCAGCAACACAGGCAAAUUCAGAAGGUUCAGAAGAUGCCACAAAAGAACAGCCAGAGGUGUGACUCCCACAGAUGGGAAGUGAACUGAGAAAAGUAAGGGAAGGACUGUAAGAGUUAAAGAAGACAUGAAGAGUUUGGGUUUCUAAGUAGGUUAUGAUGGAAAGAUAUUUCUUCUCAUGCCCUUGUAAUGAUCUGUCAGAAGAAAUGUUUUCUGUGACUGCUGUAAUCCCCUGGUAAAGCUUCUUCAAGGAUAUGAAAUGAGGUAAAAGGGCAUCAGUUUAAAAAUGCCUGUAAAAGUGGGACAUGAAUGCUUGUUCAUCUUCUGAUAAAAAAAUUGUUCCUUGUGUCCAGCAAUAAAAAAGGUUAGGAGAGUUUUGCCAGCUUGGGAAUACGCACUCAGAACAGCAGAGACAGGAAGCUGCUGUACUAGAACAGAAGUUUCCCAAGCUGGAGUGGAAGGGGGAAUCCCAGCAAGUGACACUGAACAGCCUCUGUGGUUUCUCUUCCUUUGAGAACACCAAGUGCCCAGGAAGCUGCUGAGGACAAAGUGCUGCCCAUGUUCCUCCAGGAGCAGGAAGAUGCCAGGACAGGAGAACAUGGAGGGAAGAGCUUUGUGUUGGUUCCCAGCUGCACAAAGGGAAUGAGGCACAUGAGACACAGACACUCCUGUGCUGCUGGUGGUCAUGGGACCCCAAGGGAUUGGCUUUGAGGUUCUAUAAAUCUUUCCAUUUCUAUUCUCAAGA